GUGUGUGUCUGCGGGUGCGCGCGUGCGUGUGCGGAUGUGGGUAUUUUUUUCUUCCCCAGCCUCUGCUAAUGAGGCAUAAACUGAAGCUGCAACCCAGCUCCGCACUGCAACUUUCACUCGGGCUGCAGCUCUACUGAGACGGUUUCGCUUAAAUCAUGUGAGGCUUCAUUAUUUUUAUGAUGAGACAUGAAAUAGAUGCAGGCGGAAGACGUUGAUGGAAGGACGGAGAGCGGCUGCGGCGCGAACGUCUCAAGUACGACUCGAGUGGAUAAUAGUCAAAGUUCACCAGGAACUGCAGUAUUUCCACACCCCUGACUCCGGGGGAGAGAGGGGCAGGGAGAGUUUGGAAUUAGGAAGUGUUUGCUCCCAGCCCGCUGGAAACGAAUUCGGUCCUGGGUGGGUUUCCGGACCCCUCCCCCUUACUUGCUGGAAUUCAUACCCACCCCAGCCCCCCACUUCUUAAAGAGUUGAAAUUACAGUCUUUUGGUCCUGAUUGACACUCCUGCCUGUCCCACGCAGCCAUAAUAACAAAAUGUUCUUUUGGGGUGGAAAAGUGACUGUGUUUUGGGGUGGGGGUGUGGGGGCAGAAGUGGCCAGGAGAGGGGAAGGUCCCUGGACCGAGGUGUCUGUGUCCUACUAAGGAUGAGAUUGAAACUGAUGUAGCACAUUUUUUACGGGGGCUACCCAGAUUGCUGUUAUGAAAUACUAGUCAGAUUUAUGAUCUAUUUCAUAUUGAACAUGCUAUGCUAUGCUAACGCUGCAUGUGACACUUUAAUCAAAUCCAUUUGUUACCAGGAAGCUAAAAGGGGCCGCUGGGAUUUUAGGAUUACGGGCAGAGUUAGGGAAGCAUGUGGCUUUGUCAUUCGCCAUCAUUUUGCACACUGAGAGGGGCUCCGGGUGUGCGCCCUGUCUUGUCUGGCCGUUCUCAUCCCUUCCCCCACCCCCUGCCGCCACUCCGACCCGCUCCCAAAGUGGCUUCACAAUAGUCGGUCCUCGGCGGUGUAGGCUGCGCACCAGGUCCACACUUAAGCGAAAUCAAGGAGACCCCCUUCUACUUCUACCUUUGGGCUUGGUGCUCAAUGCGAAGCUGCUGCAACUCAGGCACGCCUAAGUCAACUCAUGCAGAAAAAGGAGAAAAGUUUUGGUAUACAAAUGCUCUCAGUCCAGCCAGACACCAAGCCGAAAGGUUGUGCUGGCUGCAACCGAAAGAUCAAGGACCGGUAUCUUCUAAAGGCACUGGACAAAUACUGGCAUGAGGACUGCCUGAAGUGUGCCUGCUGUGACUGUCGCUUGGGAGAGGUGGGCUCCACCCUGUACACUAAAGCUAAUCUUAUCCUUUGUCGCAGAGACUAUCUGAGGCUCUUUGGCGUGACGGGAAACUGUGCCGCCUGCAGUAAGCUCAUCCCUGCCUUCGAGAUGGUGAUGCGUGCCAAGGACAAUGUUUACCACCUGGACUGCUUUGCGUGUCAGCUUUGCAAUCAGAGGUUUUGUGUUGGAGACAAAUUUUUCCUAAAGAAUAACAUGAUCCUUUGCCAGACGGACUACGAGGAAGGUUUAAUGAAAGAAGGUUAUGCACCCCAGGUUCGCUGAUCUAUCAACCUCACCCCAUUAAGAAUACAAAGCACUACAUCCUUUUAUCUUUUUUGCUCCACAUGUAUAUAAGAAUUGACACAGGAACCUACUGAAUAGCGUAGAUAUAGGAGGGCAGGAUGGUGAUAUGGAAUAAAAGGCGGACUGCAUCUGUAUGUAGUGAAAUUGACGCAGUUCAGAGUUGAAUGUUUAUUAUUGAAGAAAAAAAGGAAUGUACAUAUUGCUGGCUUUUUUUUGCUUGCUAUUCGUUUUUGUGUCACUUGGCAUGAGAUGUUUAUUUUGGACUAUUGUACAUAAUGUAUUGUCAUAUUUGAAGCACAAAUGUAAUACAGUUUUAUUGUGUUACCAUUUGUGUUCCGUUUGCUUCUUUGUAUUGUUGCAUUUAGUACAAUCAGUGUUUAAACUUACUGUAUAUUUAUGCUUUCUGUAUUUACCAGCUAUUUUAAAUGAGCUGUAACUUUCUAGUAAAGAACUGAAAAGCAAAUCUCACUGAUGAUACAGAGAUAGAUAAAGCAAGUCUAUCAACAUUAAAAAUACUAAAAAAUAAAGACACACAGAGCAUUUUAGUGACAUCCGCUACUUAUUGCCGCUAUGAGUUAGUCUAUCGGUGUUCUUAUAACCCUCUAUUUUCAGGGGGUUAAGAAUCAGCUUUAAAAAAUACAGAAAAAUUUCAUCUUAAAGCACUUUCAUUUUAUACCAACGUGAAAAGUGCCAUUUGUAGAAUAACUUUAAAGCUUAACAGGUUUCCUUUUAAUAUCCUUUUUCUUUUUGUGCUCUUUACCUACACGAUGGCUUUGUUUUGCUUUUUCAGCCACACCCUUAUGUGAACUAGUGCCUUUGGGUAUCAUGUAAAAUUUUUUCCAAAGGGUUACUUUGCAAAUCUGUUACCACAAUUAUGAGACAAUUUUUAAGUGAUAAAUUAAACUUCUUGUAUAAAACUUGCCCAGAUCUCUCCACAGGAGCUGAGGGUUUAAUAACUGUAUGGCUUAAUAAAUGUAUGGCACUGAAAAGAUUUGAGUGUGAAUCUACUGAAAUCACUAUAAUGCACAUUGAAGCUGUGAUGAUAUUUCAGUAGUGAGGUUACUUUUGAUCAGAGCAACAUAAUGCUCAUAGAAUCUUCUAGAAGAAGAGAAACAAAGGGAUUGAUUAAAAAGCUGAGAACUAGUGAUUAUAUAUUUUUCUGUAUUUACCUGACAUUAAUUUUAAUGUUCAAAAAGUAAAUGCUUUACGUUUGAUGUGUUUUACCCUCUCAUUGUUUUAAGUAAUUACCAACUCAGAAUACAUCAAUCUUAGGCUGAAAUUUGUCAUUCCGUUUUUUAAGGUGAAAUAGUACUACCUUACAUGAUAGCAUACAAAAAAGAAAGCUCUAGAAACUGAAAUUAUGGAGAACGAUCAUUUAAAUUACAAUUAAGGAAACUAGAAUACGAUCCCCUCUUCUGGGUGGCCCCGUGAAGUUGCUUCUUUGCUGUUGCUCUCUGUAAUAGAACUACUCAACAAAUCUAAUUCUGCACGGGCACCAUGAACCGUAUUUUCACUACAGCAAACUUACUGCUAUGGGUUUUCUCUUUGUUUUUUUUUCUUGAUCACUUGUAUAGGAAACAAUCUUUUCCAGUGUUAUUUGCAUAUAUAUUUUGUCCUGCCGAUAUAUGCAUUGUAGAUGAAAAUUAAAUGUUAUACCUGGAUUAUUGGUUUGGGGCCAAAAUAUUAAGCAGAAAAUAAUGCUGAUGUGCAUUUGUUUUAAGACAAAGCUUUAUUAUGAACAUGCAUGUGAAUCUGGAUAUUGCUUCUUAUUUUUAAGAAAAUGGUUCUGUGAAAAGUGAACAAUAUGUAUUUUUACAGAUGCUUCAUGGUUAGGAGUCUUCGAGUCCCAUAUCCCCCAAGUUUGAGAUAUUCUAAAGAAAGAAAUUCAAAAGUAGCUAUUUGGGCCCACAAAAAUAACUAUUAUUUUAGCCCGAGAGCUUUACACUUGUUUCAUGAAGGGAAAGGACUUCCAUCACCAAAAUAAACAAAGCAAGACAAAUUAAAAAUGUGGGGGAGAGAAAGUGAAAAGUGGUUUUCUUAAUGUAGCCCUGCUGGUCCCCAUAAACAAUUGCUUGAAAUUCGUGUGGAUGUAAAAUCUUAAUUGUCAGUAUCAUAUUCAGAUGAUCUUUAGGGUUUAACUGGUUUUGUUUUUGUUUAUCUCUAUGUCAAAAUACUUGUAAAUUGGGAACAAACUUCUCUCAGCUUCUUGAAGCUGUUCAACUAUCCUUGCCACUGGAAGACCAAACACGGUUUUUGCUACUUUUUCUUUUAUUUACUACGUUGAGAAUUAUUUCUUAUUCUUUUUACUACCAAUGAAAUCACUCACCUGGAUUAAAGAUUAAGACCUUAACCUGUUUAGAUUAUCUUUAAUCUCCAUGAAAUUAUGAAACAAGGCAGGAAUAAUUUUUCAGCUGUAGGCCAUUUUACAGCUAAUUGCCCAUAAAUUGUAGCAUUUAUUGACCUGACGUACUAAGCUAAUUGUCUUGACUACUCAAAGCCCCUGAACUGUUGUCAACUUUCCCCUUUGUGUUGCGUAGCCCUGAUGUCAAUUAGCUUGUUGUCCGAUGCCUCCAGUAGGACGCCUCCAAUGGAGCUUUGAUUUCUAAGCAACAACAGCUCCCUUCCUGAGACGCGUCCCCCAUAGGCUCCCUAUGAUGAAGGACCGUGCACCUCCACUCCAACAGAGUGCUGAGUUCAAAAGCUGACCUGUGUUUGUAAUUUCACUUUCAUCUUGCUUAAUAAAUAUCUGCUGAAUUCUUUCAUUCACUUUUUUACAUUUGAAUUUAUGUUUUUAAUAAAAGGGGUGUUACACUA